UUAUGAAGAGUUUAUGGAAAGUGCCACAGUUCCGAGCCCUUGGCCAUUUCUCCGGUAGAAGGGGAUCAGCCAUGGCGUCGUCUGUUAUUCUGAAGCUAAGGAGCGCAUCGGCCCUGAAAUCGGCCGUGAACGGUUUCCGAAUCGGAGUUUCGUCGAGGGGUUUCGUGAAGAUUGCGGCGGGGAUUGAUAUAACCUCGGCCACGCCCGAUGUUUCCCUUCAAAAGGCUCGGAGCUGGGACGAAGGCGUCUCCUCCAAGUUCUCCAUCUCUUCCCUGUCGGAUAUUUUCAAGGGGAAGAAAGUCGUCAUCUUUGGACUUCCUGGAGCUUAUACUGGAGUGUGUUCGCAGCAGCAUGUGCCUAGCUACAAGAACAGCAUUGACAAAUUCAAGGCCAAAGGGAUAGAUUCUGUUAUCUGUGUCGCUGUUAAUGAUCCCUAUGCUUUACAUGGAUGGGCGGAGAAGCUUCAGGCCAAAGAUUCGAUCGAGUUUUACGGAGAUUUCGAUGGGAAGUUCCAUAAAAGCUUGGGGCUAGACAAGGAUCUCUCUGCUGCUCUGCUGGGGCCGCGGUCUGAAAGAUGGUCAGCUUAUGUAGAAGACGGUAGAGUUAAGGUACUGAACGUGGAAGAAGCUCCGUCGGAUUUCAAGGUGUCUGGAGCAGAAGUCAUUUUAGGACAGAUAUGAACAAGUGUUCCCGGAAUCUUGGAUCUGUAGCUGACAUUGCUCUUUCCUUAAACCUGUAAUAAAACUCCCUUUUUUUUUUGAACUGCCUUGCAAGUGAAUAACUUGAUCCCUUUAUAAUUUACAUACAAGGGUCAGAGCAAAUGCUUUUGUUAAAGCAGUU